UAUAAAUGUAUUAUGACUAUUUUUGUCAUAAAAUUAUCUGAUUAUAGAAUCUCACAAUUAGAGUUUAGAGUCUACAUUAAAAGCAACAGUAAAUAGUUUACAAUGACUAAUGACUAAACACUGCGAUUGUGACUAUACAACGUAAUUAACGUAACGAGUUAGUACUUAUUUACGUAAGUACAUAGACAUACGUACGUUCGUUUAUGCAUGCACGCCGUUAAUCAUAAUAUUAAUUAAGUCACAAAUAAAAUGUAUUAAUUAAAUAGGGUAAGAGGAAAAUCGGUGUUAAAACCAAUCAUUAGUCAGUACAUAAUGCAACCCACCAGAGGAGUGUUGUGUGAAGUAUGAUUUUAAUUGAAAGUACAAAAAAUAUUACAAAAUGUUUCGAACUGCGAUUAAGAAAAGGGAGGCAGAGAUGAUCAAACUGCUUAAUAGUCUUCCAACAUGCCCGCGCGAAGAAAAAGAGCAAAGGAUCAAUUCCAUUAGACGCCUAUACGCAUUAGAACUGUUCGACAACAAACAAUAUUCUCUAGCUAUGAAAGAAUUCAUUAAACUCAAGACAGAAAUUGCUGACGUCAUUAAAUUAAUUCCUGAUUUAGAUUGUAAAACAAAUAGUGAUGAUAAAGAAAAAGUAAAGAAGUUGUCUGGUAAGGACCUGGAAAGUGCCUUGAAGGCCAUGAUAGUAUACUUGAAAGCGGUGCAAGCUAAUUUAGUAAAAGACGGUCAAAAUGAAGCGACCAAUGAAAAUAAACACCGAGAGCUAAUUGAAACUACUAUGUUGAAGUGCUUCUUACAGGUGAAUUUUGAUGUUACAAAUCUAAUACAAACGAGUAACAAUAUUUGUGUGGAAGAAGCAGCCAAGAAAUUGUUACAACAUAAGAAAUACAGCGAAUUAGUUAUGUUGUAUCAAAAGUACGGGCAGCACAUGAAAGCGCUGCAGCUGCUAAAAGACCAUGCAAAACAAACAGAUUCCAGCUUAGUUGGCUAUCAAAGAACGGUGAACUAUUUGCAGCAACUUGGUGCUGAACACAUAAACUUAAUAUUCCAAUUCUCCGACUGGGUACUAAAAGAUCAUCCAGAGGAAGGUUUGAAGAUAUUUAUUGAAGAUAAAGUAGAAAUAGAGAACUUGCCCCGUUCGAAGAUAUUAGACUUCCUGCUGAGACAGCACGAGUCCCUUGUGAUCCCGUACUUAGAGCACGUGAUCCUCACGUGGAACGAUACGGACUCAUUGUUCCACGACGCGCUCAUCAACAUGUACCGAGACAAGAUUACGGACAAGAAGGCAAACCUGACUGACGCAGAGGUGCAGCACAUCAAGUCCAAACUUAUUGCGUUUUUAGAAAAAUCCGGCCAUUACAUGCCCGAAAGAGUUCUGGUGCACUUCCCGGUCGAUAGCUUGUUCGAGGAAAGAGCCAUCAUUUACGGAAAAUUAGGACUACAUGAGCUGGCACUCGCUAUUUACGUACUAAUAUUAGGGGAUGUAGAUAAAGCGGUGCGACACUGCGAAAAUUCCAGUACAGAUCCAAGAAACAAAAGCCAAGACGUUUAUGUCAUAUUAAUGCGCAUCCUCAUUAACCCUGAAAAAGAGAGUGCGCGCGAAAGUAUCAGUAAGCUGUUGGCUAAUGCGACGAUGCAUCCGAAGACAUCUGUUCCAAACUUAGAGCGGGCACUCGAUAUACUGGAGGAUCAUGUUGACGAAGUGUCACCAUUGGGUGUCCUAUCGGUGUUGCCAGACUCAGUGCCUCUGUGUCGUUUGAAAAAAAUAUUAGAGAAUGUUCUGGAGAGUCAGUUUGCUUUGGCCCGUCAGGUGCAGAUUGUUAAAGGACUGUCACAGGCUGAACAUGAACAGAUCGAAGAUAUGAACCAGUACUACGAGUCACAGGGGUCGCUGAUCACAGACAGUGACGCGUGUCCUGUGUGCAAGAAGCACUUCGGUAACCAAACCGCCCUAGUCAGAUACCCUAACGGUGUUAUAGUUCAUUUUCAUUGUAAACUUAGAUAAUUCACCUAGUUUAUAGAAAAGUACGUAGGUAAUGUCAUGUGUAGUAAAUUAAUGUUGGCUACCGUACUUUUGGUUACCAGUUAGCGCUAAUGUAGCAACAGAUUUUUAUCCAAUCCUGCAGCUCUCAAAUAUUAAAAUAUGUCAGAUGAUGUGCCACUAGCUAAUUCUCUUCUAUAUUAUAUACAAAUAAUAAAAAGUCGCGGAGAACCUAACGGGUAACCGGGGCUCCGGCUC